AUGGUACUAUUUAAGAGAAAGCCUGUACGGUACCUACCGCACCCGCACUUGGAUGAUCAGGAAUGCGAUGUAUGGGUCAUACCCGAGGCCAAUGAAGUCUUCACGUCCUACGACGCAUAUCUGGAGCGCAUGGACUUUUUCAAGUCGAAGCGCUUCACCUGCGAAGUGACUGGUCGCUCCGGCUUGACUUUCUUUGAUGCCCUCCGCAGCGAACAGGCUGGAUCGCGGGAAAUCGACGAGGCAUUUCCUCAGGCCCUGCGAGAGCCUGUCUUGCGCCGCGUCCAAUUCUCGACGACCUCCCGGCUCGACAAUCUCGUGGAGGAGGUAUUCAAUGAAUUCAAAAAUGACUUCUAUCCAGGUGAGCUGGUGACUGUCAUUCUGGACGAUUCUACCAGAUUAUACGGCCGGGUCCGAGACAAAGCGAAGUUCGCCGAAAUCAAACGCCCCGACGGCGUUGUGCUAAGAGAAGGGUUCUCCCGCUACUUCGUCCGGCUCAUCGAUCGCCCCGACGAGGAGGCCCUGGUCGACGACAACCACAUUGCCAGAGAUCGCAAAGUCUUUACCAAACAGAUGCUCCGCUCAUUCAUCAAGAACACCGUGACCAGGGAGGGCUGGACCGGCGCUCCUUGGCUCGUCAAACCAGAGGUCGCCGAACGUUUUCGCAUCGACACCAAUGUUCCUCCGCAUCUACAAUAUAGCAGUAAGUCAGCAGCAAAGAAAGCAGAGAAGAAAAACGUUGUCGAGCAAGACGCUAUGUUUGCAGUCUGGCAAAAUCAUAAAUUGCCCGAGUUGAAGCCUGCUCCCAAGGGGAAGAAGAGCCAGCAUGUUCAGCAACAUCCGGAACGGACAGGUCCCACUCCGCCAGCAUACUAUCAGGACUACCGGCCAGGUGCUAUGCCUGAUCCCGGACUGUUGCCUCGAUCCUGGGGUCAUAUGCAACCACCUCCGCCACCCCCGCCAGAGUUUGCCCACCAGUACCCGGGCUAUGCUCUUCCCUAUAUGCCGCCGAAUGGCCAUUACUAUCCCCAGCCUGCCGAACAGAUGCCGCCGCCCAAGCAGAUCGUCCAGCAACCUCCCCCACCACCGCCUCCGAUCAAGUAUCCAAUCGAAGAUCUAGACGUCGAGCCCGUCCGUGAUGGCACCCAUCGACCUACACUGAAGUUUGCGGCCAAAGAGCAAUCACAGGACGAGAAGAUGAUGCACAAUGUCAUCUCAGGUCUCAAGGCAGAAACCGUUGGCCUCCUUCUCGAGACUUGGAAUACCCUCAAUGUCUAUUGCCAGGUAUUGAAGCUUGACUCGUUCACUUUUGAUGACUUUGUUGAAGCUAUGCUGUUUUCUUCGCCGGAGAUUGAUUGCGAGUUGUUUGUCGAGGUGCAUUGCGCAAUACUCAAACAGCUGGUCAAUGCCGAGAAUGACAACGAGGGAGCGAUUCAAAUUUCUCUUCCCGAUCUUCCGGACCAGGACACCGACGAAGAAGAGUCUGAGGAAGAGGAGAGCAAAUCACCUACACCGACUCCCGAGCCCGAGUAUCCCGCCAAGCGCACUCGUAGUAGUCUCAACAAGGUUCAAUUUGCGAAUGAGCAGGCCAAGGAGGAAGAAAUAGAGGCCGAUGUCAUCCCACAUCGUGCAGCAGAGAUGUUUGGGGAAUAUGGUUGGAUCGAGAGACUGCGAAAGCGAGAUCUGAGACAGGGUGGAUGGGAGUUGGUCAUGGUGGGAUUACUUCAUCAAUUAAGUGCGAAGCCCAGGUUUACAGAUGCAUGCAACAAAUUACUCGCUCAUCUCGCACCCCUUGAUGCCGAGCCUACCAUUGAAACUGCUCAAUUGCAAUACUCUACCAUGGAUAUCAACCUACGAGCUGAGGCGCUGCAAAUCAUCUGCCGACUCUUCCUGGAAACCAAGGUUGUGAGGGACUUCCUGGAAGAGAUGAGCAACACCAUGACACAGUACCGGAAGCUCAAGAUUGAAUACCAACGCGCUCGAAAAGAAGCUCUGUCAAGACUGAAGGAGCUUCAAGUCGAAAAACGACUACUGGCGCCUGAACCUGAAAAGUCCCCUUCUCCUAUGCCAGAACUUGAAGAAGCAGAGAAGACCGUUGAAGAGCACGACGCAUCGAUUCCUGAUUCCGAGGACGAAGAACCAAUGGUCACACGCUCUCUGCGUCGUGGCAGUGAUCGAGCUGCUGAGCGGAAACGAAAGCGAGAGCAAGAACAAGAGAGAAAAGAAAAAGCGGCCGAAGCGAAGCAAAACAAAGGGAGUAAGGAAUACCAAAAGGUGCUCAAGCUGAUUGACAAAGAGCGAGAUAAAAUCGAAGCUGCAGAAGAACAGAUCAUGACUGUCGACAACGACAUGCGUGAAGCAGAUUGUCCUCGCACACGCGCUCUUGGUAAGGACCGGUUCUGCAACAGGUACUGGUGGUUUGAACGGAACGCCAUGCCUCAUGGGGGAUUGCCAGAGAGUUCCACAGCAGACGCCGGGUAUGCCAAUGGCCGGAUUUGGGUUCAAGGCCCCGAUGACCUGGAGCGCGAAGGAUUUCUCGAGGUCGGGGAAGCGGGCAAGAAUGCAUACUAUCGGCGCUUCCAAAUGACACCGGAGGAGCGCAAGAUGCUGGAGGAAGGCAGUACCAACCUACAUUCAGCGAGCCAGUGGGGGUUUUACGAGACAGCAGAAGAACUGGACAUGCUCAUUGGCUGGCUUGAUUCACGCGGAGUGAGAGAGUUGAAACUCAAAAAGGAGCUCAAUCUGCUGAGGGAUGUUAUCAUCAAGCAUAUGGAGAAACGUGCCGCAUAUUUGGCGCCGCGAGAAAAGUCGGAAGAGCCGUCUACAAGAAUAUCGACGCGGACGAAAACCCUCAUCAGCGACAAGAGUCGCCGAUGCCUGCGCUGGAGGAAUAGCAUGGCGGUGGCGGAGUUGGGCCAUCGACACGUGGAUCCUCCGCUCAAGCCUCGCGGUAGAGGCAAGAAGAAUGUCAGUUAUGAAGACGCGCCGACUGUGAAGAACGCGCCAACGGCGGCGGUUGUUCUGAAUCGUCAAGGGAAACCAGUUAGUCGACAAGGCUCGAGAUACAAUUUCUGA